UCUCCGUCUCCCUCCCCCUCCCUACACCAACUCACUCCCCCCCAACCUCCCUCUCCCUCUCUACACUACUCGCAGCCGCAUCGGCUGCCAGCCAGCCCAGCGCGGUGGUUGUUGGGUGGUUGCCUUCUCCCCUCCCCACCACCACCAUCUUCUCACUGAUCUCUCCACGCCGAUCCAUCCAUCCACCGAUCGCCUCCCCUCUCCCGCACUGAUCAGUAGUGGUAGAGUGAGUUGAAUCUUGGCCGUGAUCGAUCUUGCUGGGAUCUGAUAGGGGUGGGAGUCAGUGGAGGGAUGGAGGGGGAGGACGAGGUGAGGGUGAAUGGGGCUGUGGAGGUAGCGGAGGUGGUGGCGGAGGGGGAUCUCGCCAGUGGGGGGGAGGCGGCGGCGGCGGGUGGAUCUGAUCAGGCGGUGGUGGUGGUGGCGAUGGCCGCGGAGGGGACGACGGCCAAGAAGGGCGGAUCGGGGGGCGCGGCCGCGGCGAGGAAGGCGAAGGUGGCGGCGGCGGUGGCCAACGGCAAGGUGGGGAAGAAGCCCGCGCUGUCGCAGAGCGCGUCGUUCCCGGCGAGAGGGGCGGCUGCCAAGAAGGCGGCGACACCAAAGCAGGCCAAGACGACGGACGGGAAAGGCGCUGUGCCCAAUGGAUCGGAGAAGGCGGCUGGGCGAGCCGUGGAGAAGAAGGUGAAUUCAGCCCGGACGCCUGCCGCAAGCCGCUCCUUGCCUGUUAAAUCUGGAUCGGUGGACGCGCCUCCAAAUGAUGCUUCUCCUGAAACCCAAGAGUCAAACGAGAACACCACAAAUGCUUUGGAACAGACUCUGCCAGAGAAAAUGGAGGAUGAUGUGCACUCCACCACAUCGAGUACCAAUACUCCCCGAGCAGCUGCUCAACGCAAGAAUGCUGCUGCUGCUGCUGGUUUUAGUUUCAGGCUGCAGGAGCGUGCUGAGAAGAGGAAGGAGUUCUACCAAAAACUUGAAGAGAAGAUCCAUGCAAAGGAGCUUGAACAAACAAAUUUGCAGGCAAAAUCUAAAGAGAGCCAAGAGGCUGAGAUCAAAUUACUUAGGAAGAGCCUGACAUUUAAAGCGACACCCAUGCCAAGCUUUUACAAGGAGCAACCUCCUAAAGUUGAGUUGAAAAAGAUCCCACCAACACGCGCUAGGUCACCAAAGCUUGGCCGGCACAAGCCAACCAAUUCUGCUGCUGCUGCUUCUGUUGAUGGUUCUGUAUCAUGUGAGAGUCCUCGGAGCAUAACUAAUUUGGCCAAAUUGACCGAAAGCACAGAAAAUAACAAACCUCAUGCUACUGCCAGAAAGCCUGCUCAAAGAUCAGUCACAAAAAUUCCUUCCCAAGCAUCUGCCACUGCAAAGACCGAGACAAAACCCCUUGUGACAAAGCAGAAAACCUCAAACACAAAACCAAAAGCUCCAAGAGCCAAGGUAGAGCAAUUGCAAGACAACUCGGUUGAAAUCCCUCCUGCUGAACCUUCUGGCCCAGAGGGGCUCACUGUUGAACAUGGUGUUGAGGAUGCAACAGGGCCAGACCGGGCCACCACUUUGGUUGCUUCGAAUGAAGUUCCAGUCCAAGGUUGAUUCGAUUGCACAUUUGGUUAUUUAAUCCCUUCUUGCAGUCUUGUGAAUAGUGAGGUGUGUGCUUCAUGGAAAGUUGAUUCGCUCAAAGUACCGUGGAUUUGUCAUUUCCGGAGUAGACAUCCCCUUUUUUUCAGCUUGUCAUUAAGCAUUCCAUUGUAUAUUGCUUGAAAAUUUGUUCAUGUUAAAAUUUUAUUUCUUGUGUAUAUUGGAGUUAUAUGUCAAUGGGCAGGCUAGGACUGUUGCAGAACAUCAAUGCAACUUGUGAAUUAUUUUGUGUUAUAAGUUGAUUCUCCUUGGUCCUUGCCCAGUAUAUCCUUCUUCACCUGUUGCAGGCUUGCAGCAGUUGGUUUCCAAAUGUCCAAUGCUGUCUGUUUAAAUUGGGAGUUAAAAGAUA